GCCCAUAAUACGUUUUUACCGAAUUUUAAUAUAUUCAAGACACUUUGGACUAGGACGCCAACAUGCCAAUGUUUAGGUGUUCAAAUAUUUGCCUGGCGCUAAUCAAUAGUACCAGAUGUUAUGAUUUUAGUGUUGAUUCUGUUCGUGUGUUCUGAAGCUAUUCUCAAACAUAGCAAGUUCAUUCCAUCAGUUGUCUGCCACCGUUCAUAAGAUGAAGUUACAAAUUCCGCUUGGUCGCAGUCAGAGUCCGGCUGAAGUGCACAGUGAAAAGAAUGCAAACGAUGUGAAUGUCGAAGUAUCCUACGAUUCGCCAGCCAACGCACCGACCGGCGAUGACUUCGAGCUCUGGGACCAAAGCAAGGCUUUGCGCUCGGAAUAUCGCGACAACCGGUGGGCCCAGAAUGGUUGGUCGUCCUGCAUACCAAUCGCGGUAAUCUUACUGCUGAUUGUUCUAGUUGUGUUGCUGCCGUUGAUGGAUGGUCAUGGUGAACGAGCAGGAGGAAGCACAGGUGUUUUGCAAAUAAUGGAAAAAGAAGAGACCGGUGGCCGAAUGAGGGGCAGACAAUGUCCGGAUCGAUGUCGGAUCGAACUGGUAGAAAGCAUACCGGAAGGAUUAUCGUACCCCCACGAUAGUCCCACAUUUCGGUCGACCUACGAUGCUUGGUCCGAGCUACUAACAUUGGCAACCGCUACAGUGGACAUAGGCUCAUUCUACUGGACGCUUAAAGGGGCGGACGUCUUCAACCACUCGUCGGCACGGGAAGGCGAGGACAUAUUUCGCCAACUGCUAAAGGCUGGCACCAAACGGCAUCUGCAGGUGCGAAUUGCACAGAGUACUCCGACGACGUCAUCUCCCAAUCUCGACACGGAAAUAUUGGCACGCCAGGGUGCGGCUACCGUGCGUUCAGUGGACUUCCAGCGCCUGCUCGGAGGCGGUGUAUUGCAUACGAAGAUGUGGAUUGUUGACGAGGCACACUUCUAUCUCGGAAGCGCCAAUAUGGACUGGCGUUCGUUGACGCAAGUCAAGGAGCUCGGCGUGCUCGGAAUUAACUGUUCCUGUCUGGUAAAAGACGUGGCUAAAAUCUUUCGUGUUUACUGGGAUAUGGGUUUGCCCGAUGCCCGGUUGCCUUCUAAAUGGCCUGCAGAGUACGCGGCGGAUUUCAACGACAGCACCCCAGCACUGGUGCAGUUCAAUGAUGCGUACACCUUGCGUACUUAUUUCUCGAGCUCUCCGCCGCCGAUGUCACCAGCAGCACGAACGGAUGAUUGUGAUGCGAUUUUAAAGACGAUACUUGCUGCUAAUCGGUUUGUGCACGUCUCCGUAAUGGAUUAUUUCCCGUUGACACUCUAUACGCGUACAACACAGUACUGGCCAGUGAUAGACGAGGCGUUGCGAAAGGCAGCCAUCGAACGCAAGAUUUCCAUUCGUCUGCUGAUAUCACUUUGGGACCACUCUCGACCUUCGGAGGACUACUUUCUGAACUCUCUCGAGGCAUUAUCCAACUCCCUCACUGGUGUUGACAUCCAGAUCCGACGAUUCAUCGUACCAUCCACCGAUGAUCAGCGUAAGAUCCCUUAUAGCCGUGUCAAUCAUAACAAGUACAUGGUAACCGAUAACACUGCGUACAUUGGAACUUCUAACUGGUCAGGCGACUAUUUCAUUGAUACGGCUGGCAUUGGGUUAGUUAUGUCAUCGUUUGAAACAAAUAGUACCAUCAUUAGCGAGUUGCAGGCAUUGUUCGCGCGUGAUUGGAAUAGUAAAUAUGCCGUGUCACUAAGCUGAGUACUCGAAAAAGAAGCGUUGAACUGGAAGCGUCGAAGCGUUGAAUUUUGGUUUAGAUUUGGUUACUUUGGAAUGGAACAUGAAUAAGGAGCCUGAAGUGAAGUCAGUGCACUAAACCGAGCUUUAAUAUAUCAUAUCAAUACGAUAGGUAAGCUACACUACCAAAUUAACUUCUGCUCAGUUUACAUACAUUAGAUUGCUAUUUUUGGUCGGUAGGCUAGUUAAUUACACGGCGUGGAAAUCCCAUCUAAUUAUGAAACGGCGUGGAAGAAGUGUUUUCUCUCAGCUCAUAGAAAAAAUACUGAGUUUACGAAACUAACUACUGUAUUUAGCUCUUUUACUUCCAUACUCUUCCUGGUGGAUCGUGGUUGCUAUUCAUGGUUUUGCAUGCGUGCAAUGGAAGUAUAACCUGGCUGAGUGUGUGAUACUUCAAACAUAAAUCUUAAAUACUGUGUGCCCCAAAAAGAUUUGAAAAAGUAAAAUUAUAAGCUUAACUCCAUCGUCACGAAAUACAAUAAGUAAAAUAUGUAUAACAAAAAUUAACGAAAGACAAACACAUGAUAAUUAGCUUUAACUCUAUUUGCUCAAAAUAAGCAUUGCUAAAACGCACUAUUUUAACUAUGCGAAUGCAUGCUGCAGGAAUGUCUUUCCUCCCGUGUCGACGAUGCACGCAAGUUGAACGAUACCUCUCUUUUUUAUUUCCUUUUCCGGUUGAAUAUUUUCAUAUAUUUUAUAUUUCCUUUUAUUUCUGGUUGAAUGCAUCUAAUACUUCCAAAGUCAUCGCGUAUGCUUUCGCUUGUGACGAAGAUUUUUAUGUCACUGGUAGUACAUUUUUUCUGACAAAUUUUCCUAACAUUUCGAGAAGUUUAUUAGUUUAUUUAUGAGAGAUAUGAGUUUAUUUCCACGACCUUUCUGGCCUUACAUAAUUUUACAAGUUAAACGUACCGUAUCAGCAAAGAUGAAGCUAACCACUGGUGAUUUAGAUUUGUUUUCAUAUUUAGAGGGGCCCAAUACUGUUUGAAUAGCGCAUACAUGAGAUUGAAAUAUGAAUUGUAGACAACGAAUGAAGACUAAACAUGAUUGCAGAUAAGGGAAAUCAGAAGUAAUCAUGACAAGAUCGCAGGAUGGCUUAGAUAAUAAAUCAAAGGCGAUGUUAUUUGCUAGCACAAUUAAAAACACCGAUUAAGUAAAAUUUACAUGAAAAAUAAGAUUGUUUGUGUUGAAUUCUGAAGAAAAUAUAUGAAUUGUCUUAACAUCUCA